UUUGCACCAAUCAACACUUUCAGCGGGUAAUGAGGAAGUAGGAAAGGACUUUGCUCAGGUCGUGUCCAAGUCUUGUGAUGUAGCAUCUGACUGCCACAGGGAGCGGACACUGAGCGGCACCACAGAGGUAACCACUGGAUUUAAAUGUCAUUUCUGUCUGGAAAAUCCCUUAGAACAUCCACAGGUAUGAGCAAGGAUUAGAAUCAGUGAAAAACGUCAGAUUCCUGGAUGAAAAUGAAAAUGCAUUGGUUCAGAUCUGCACACUGGGCAAAGUUUUGUUUUUUUUCAUUCGUUCUUUUAUGAUUUUGUUUUAUUUUUAUCAUUAAGUGGUCGAUGCCACAGAUUAUUGUUGGCUCGUGGAUCUGUUACUGAACAGACCUGUCUUUUCCCAGGCUUUUGUGCAGGAUGUUGUUAAUAUUUGACAUUAAGGACUGGCAACGUUUACAAAAGUCAUAAAUGUCUGAGUCACAGCAGAUUAUCUGAAAAGAUUAUGAAAGUGAAGGUGUCUUUUUUUUAAUUAUUAAUGCAACACUCUCACUGAAUUGUUUUUGCUAAAAGACAUAAGAAUACAUUAAGGUGUUACAAUAACAGAUAUUUCCAGAUGUUCUCGUCAUUGUCUGUUUUCCAUCUUCUCUUUGGGCUUCAUCUUCUUUUUCCUCCCUUUACUCGCAGCUCUCUUCCUCUUUUUCCUGCUGCUGCCCUCAGAGGUCAAAGUGAUUUGGAAUCUGGGCUUUAAAAGUCACUAAACAUGGACUGGAAGAUCAACCUGAGGAGAACCCAGUCCCUGAAGAGUGUCUCCUCAAAAGAGGACAAGCCCACGUGGACAGACGCGGGACAGCUGAAUAAAAAAGUCUCCGUGUCUCAGCUGGUUUCCCGGUACCAGACCACAGUGGAGCAGAACUGUCCAGCUCCAGCUGCUCCUGUAGUCAACGGUGAGGUCAAACCAAAGCGAGCGCUCAGAGAGAUCCCACCGUCUCCACAGGAGACCAGAGAACUUCCUCUGGUCUCUCCGACCAGAGGACAUGACGACAUCGAGCGAUCCUCGCCAAAACCCACGUUAUCUCGUGCCAAGUCGGUGGGGAGCCUUCAAAACAGCCCCAGCUCCAUCCAGGACCUGAAGGCUCGGUUUGAGUCGCGUUCUGUGACACAGAGCAGAGCUGACGAUGUUACAGCAGUGAUGAACGGACAGGUGGAGGAGAACAGACGCUCUGCAGAGAUACAGAAGAAACGAGCGCCCGCUGAUGCAGCAGGGAGAGGCGCUAAAAGUGACGUCAAAGAGCAGCAUGUGACUCAGAAGGUUGUGACUAAUCAAAGGUCAAUGAGGAGAAAAACCAUCGGAGGCAUCGACUUUGAAGGAAUCACAUCGUCCUAUGCAGAGGAGAAGAGACGCACCAUCGCAGAUUUCAGAGAGAGCUCCUUGAACCUCACUAACGAAAAGCCAAGUGUCUCCGUCAAAGUGCUGUCUGCUCUGUACAUGUCCAUGGUGAAGCCUCAGGACUCCACACCGACAACGGCACAACAUCCACCGACUGAAGCUGGAAAAAGAACUAAAGUGACCAAGAUGUCACAAGACUUAAAAGAAAGACAUGAUGACCUCACUCCACCACCACUGGCUAGAAAUGAGGAAGAGCCAGAAGAGGAGCAUUUCCCGAAACCAAUGCUGGACCAACCUUCCAUAGAGAAGUUACACCAGCAGCGGCAGAAAUGUGAACUUAAGAGACUCCUGAAGCACACCCACCCCGAGCUGAAGAUGCUGGAUGAAGCUGUGGAUGACGAGCUCGCUGAGGUUUUAGGCUCCCAGCCUGGGAUGACAGGUGGUGACAAGGGCUACGAGGGAGAGGUCUUCUCCAGACGCUUGCUAUUUGAGAACUGUGCGUUAAACACCAAAGAAUCUGAUUACAGUUCCAAGAUGAACAUGACAGAUGGACUGGUGCACGAAGGUGAUGUGAGUAAAAAAUCUGCUCUGUUCGAGAGGCAUGCAGAGAGUCCUUGUCAGGAACCUUGUCAAGAGAUGGUGCACGGUGACAAAUCACUUGGCCCGAUUCCAGACCUUUAUGGAGGGACCGAGGAGGAGAUGGUAAGAAUAGAUGUUCAGGCGUCCAGGAGGAUAUUUGAGAGUCAGUCUGUAAAAACACAGAAGCCACAACCAGAGGACAGGUUCAUAGGAAAAGCCUCUAAAUUUAGGGCUGACAAUGGACCAGUCAAAACACAGAAACACGACCUUGAGUCAUCUGGUACCGACGCAUUCUUCUCCAGUGACGAAGCCUUUGAAGAUGACCUUGCAGGUCUUUCAGAUUCGGGAGGAUCUGCGGAAAUGAUUGCAACAAGUGCAGACAUUUUCAGAAAUAACCCAUUUAUCUCAGCAAAUGUGGAGAAAGAAAAUUCUCACGUGAAUAAAUCAAAGCCACAAAUUCCAGCAGCAGAUCCCAGCGGGACGUUUGAAGACCAUGUGAAAACUAAUGUCAAAAACAGAGCUCAUCUGUUUGAAUCAAUGCCCUUUGACCAAAUCAGGCACCAGAACAAGGACGACAUUGAGACGAUGGUGGAAAACAUCAGGGAAACACUGAACACACUUCACGGCGUUAAAGCAAUAUCUUCAGAUGGAUUGAUUAUCGAGGUGAGCGAGACGAUGAUGGCAAAAAAGGCUAAAUUCACACUACUGCAGAGUGGGCCUGAGAUCGACUAUGACGAGGUGGCUGAAGGAGGUGCACAAAACUUUAUAGUCCACUUACUCCCCAGGUCCAACCUUAAGCCUCAGAUUACGUACCUGAAGGAGGACAGGGAAGGAAACAUGGACGCCACAGUCGUGGCUGUGCCUCUGCACCAGCAUCACUUCACUAGUGGCCAGGAGUCGGAGUUUAAAACUGCUAAUGUAGCUCAGGUGGUUGAGGAUAUUCUCCACCAGGAUAACUCUCUGAGGAGAGGAGUGAUCCUUCAGAAGGAUGCUGACAACUGUGCAGAAGUCAUUGUUUAUUCUCUGUACAAUUACUUUGAUGAGAAGGAUAUUAAGAGAUACACCGCCCUGGAGUAUGACCAACCAGAGAGAGAGGAAAUCCAAAUAAGGAAAACAGAAACUCCAGAACUGAGAAAAGGAAUCGUUGAAUCCACAAUAAACUGCCUUCUGGAAACUCCACAAGACCAGAGCUGCAGUGCAUCACUCAGGCCUGAGAUCACAGUUAAAGGUAAUGUGAAGCUGUUCAUGAGUUGCAUUGAAAAGGGAGACCUGGAUUAUUUAAAAUCUCUCCAGGCUGAAGCAGAAACACAGCAGGAACCAGAACUCCCAGUGGACCAGACUAAGGAUGAGCAAAGUACACAGUUUGGUAAUGAAGAGCAGGAUAAUCAGGCACAGGAGAGUCUCCAAGAGUGGGUCCCAGUGGAUGUGAAGAGGUUGAGAAGCAUGUUCUCUGCAGAUCAAAAAGAAAAUAAUUCAAAACAAGUUAUCAGAGAGAACUAUGCUCAAACCUCCUCGAUUUCUCAUGCACAUCGAGGAGGAAGUACGUUCUUGGGAAAAAGCCAGAGUUCUGCAGGAUACAAUGAUACAACGAUGUACAUCCAACAUCCUGGACACUUUGAUUUUGACACGGUCCACCAAGCUGAGAUGGUGCAGGUUGUCAAUAAUAUUGAUGAGAUCACAAACCUCCAAACUGCGAUCAAUAACCUUCAACAGGUCACAAUGGAGGCAAAAACGUUGCAUCACGCAUCCCAAAACAAAGAGGAACUACCUGUUCCAGAAUUGUUGGCGGAACCGAUGUUCUCUGAAGUUACAGACAAAGAAAAUAAGAACCAGAAACACAAAGUUUGUCCUGUCAACAGCGAUCAAGCAGAACCUGAAACUGUGGUUGAUAGUCAGGAAGCACAGCAAGAACCAUCAGAACAGGAGGAGGUCAUUUUUGAAGGCAAAUUCCAAAAAGCUCUGGAAUCUUUGGAGAAAUUUAACAUUAAUGUCACAAGAGGGGAUUUUAAGACGGCUAUGGUUUAUACAACGUCUUCCAGACCUCAGAAGGAGGAGGAGAAGAAAUCCUUCCAGGGACCUGGAGCUGCUGAGUUCUGCCCUGUUCUUGACGAUGGAAAAAAUCUAAUCUGUUCCAACCAAGAAGACAUGGCCUCCUCCAAAAAUGUUAUAGAUGGUCCAGAGCAAAAACGUGAACCACGAGAAGAGGAUGAAGUUAAUUUCCAGCGUCAAUUUCAGGAAGCGUUGGACUCUCUGGAAAAGUCUAACGUAAAUGUGACAAGAGGAGAUUUCAAAACAGCCAUGAUUUACAAAACGUCAUCAAGAGAUCAUUUUGUUCAAAAUCUGAGCUCCAUGACUGACUCCAGAUCAACUCAGAAUUUUGGAACGAGUGCUGAAACUUUACAACAAAAACGUGAACCAGAGGAAGAAGUCAAUUUUCAGGGUAAAUUUCAAGAAGCUUUGGAAUCCUUGCAGAAAUCACAUGUCAACGUGUCAAAAGGAGACUUCAAAACAGCUAUGAUCUACAAAGGCUCCUCCAGUCUUCACAGAGAGGAGGAGGCAUCUUUUCUGGAGUCCAGUACUGGAGUCCAAAAGGAACCUGAAAAUGUGGUUCAAGGUCCACAACACAAAUGUGAACCAGAAGAAGAGGAUGAAGUUUAUUUUCAAGGUAAACUUCAGGAGGCUUUGGAUUCUUUAGGGAAAUGCGACAUUAAUGUCACCAGGGGAGAUUUCAAAACAGCUAUGAUCUACCAAAACUCCUCCAGACUCCAAAAUGUGGAGAAAGAAUUUGCUCAGAAACUGAACGUUGAAGGAACUGAAUCCAGACCAAGUGAUAACAAACCAACGCAACCGAUUGAAGAUCAACAGGAAGUUGUUGAAGUCCCACAUCAACAACGUGAACAGGACGAGAAUGAAGUUGUUUUUCACGGUAAACUUCAGGAAGCCAUAGAUUCCUUGGAGAAAUCCAACAUUAAUGUCACGAGAGGAGAUUUCAAAACUGCUAUGAUUUACAACAACUCUUCAAGACACAACAAGACGUCUGCCCAGACAUCUGUCGGUGAGGAACUCAGCACUGUUACUGAACCUAAAGGAGAGCUUCAAAAUCAACGUGGAACCCUAAAGAAACCAGCUACUGAUGAGAUCAAACCAUCAAAACCAGUGAUUCCACCUAAACCUGAGCAUCUGAAGGCAAAACAUGGCAAAAAUCAGUCAGACGCCACACAGAAGCCCAAUCUAAGAAACGUUUCAUAUCCUGAAAACAUGAUCCAACCUGAAGCAGAGAUUGUAAACCAAGACUCACAUGGUACAAUCAACAACCAACGAGACGAAAUAAACAUCACAGCAGAAGUCAGAAUCUCUGAGGAGGGCAGUAUUAACGAUGGUCCAGGUGAAACAUCUGAUACUCACAUAGACUUUAGGGAAGCAUGCCAAAAGUUUGGAGGUAAAACGGCAGUGAGGAAUGCUCCUGUGAAGCCCAAACGUGUAAAAAUAGCCCAACCUGAAAUCGUAAUUACAAAGGAUGAUGAAGUAGAGCAAGCUACCGCUGGUCCUCCACUUGGUGGAGCCGAUACCCGUGGGCAAACAGCCAACAAAGUGGAGAUGAGGGAGAAGAGAGGGCGCAGGGAAACCGAGGAUGAGCGCAGACAGCGUCUGUCCGUUCACAUGGACGAGAUCAUGAGAGGCAACAUGACAACCGCCAUGGAAAUCAUUGAUAAUAUACGGAAGCAGGAGGAACUCCAGAACAUCCUGAGCCGGGUGGAGGAAAUUGAGAAGGACACGAGUGAAGCUGAUGUGAGUUCAAUGAGGAGUGUAUUUGAGGAAGCUCCUGAUUGGAUCGUCGACUCUGAGAAUCAUAAAGAAAGAACAGCAACAGUGGAAAACAGGAAGGAGAAGCCGCUGGUUAUGGAUGAGCCACAGAGUAAGUCAUCCAUGGCCCACAUCUUUGGUGAUCUUGAAAGAGCCAGUGAGGAGAUCAUGAAUCUAAAGGAGCAGACGUUGGCAAGAUUAAUGGAUAUAGAAGAAUCCAUAAAGAAGGCCCUGUUCUCCGUCUCAACGCUGAAAUCGGAGUCAGAUAUCGCAGGUUUAUCAUGUUUGUUUAAGGAGUCCUUGGGUACAAUUCAAGGCCCCCCGAAUUAUGGAAACAUUAGUAAAAUCAGUAUUGGAUCAAGUAAGACACAACAAGCUCAAGAAAGUCCGAUCACAAAGGCCAACACUGCUGAGAAGGCUGCGAUGUCUAAAAGACGUCGGCCCAGUCCACCAUCUUCACCGGCCUUCAUCUCCAUACAGUCAGCUGUUCGAAAACAGGAUAAAGCUGACGCGGCUCCUGCAGAGUGCACUCUGUGUCCGACAUGUCAGAAAAGUCCGAAGUUGCAGGAGAAAUUCCGCACGACCAAGAUCUUGACCUGCAACAGUCCUGCUCAGACCAGAAAAGGAGGUCAGAAACAACCCAACGACGACCCACUCCAGCCGAAACGGGAGCUGAGUGUCCUGGAAGUGCAGACCGACCCAGACGGGAAGAGUGUCAUAGGAACUAAAAUGGUCACGGAAAACUUCGAGCACACCGACACGCUUGGAAACAAGUUUUAUUCGUCCAAAAGCUCCACUGUUGUCACCACGCAGCCACAAAACACUCCGUCAUUUGCAGGUCACGCGUUUGUCAGUCCUGCAGCGACAUAUCAGGUGACCUACCCCGAGGUUCGGCUGCCUGUCAAUCACAAGCCUUAAGUCAUUCACAGUCAGUCUCCUUUCAUGAGAAAUUCACCUUGUAUAUAGUUUUUUGGUGUCUAUUAUACAGCGUUGAGCUUUUUAAUGUAUUCACUCAAGUGUUGACCUUGUAGCACAUGUUUGUCGUCGUUGGUGAGACCUCUGUUUGCCUUUUUCACACUUUUGACUAACAUUUAAAAUAAAAUCUAA